AUGAUUCAACAAACAAUGUCAAUAUCAUGUGAACAUAUCCAAAUGGAAUACAAAGCUAAAUUUCUAUCAAAAUCUAAUGAUUAUACUUUGAUAGAAAAUAAAAAGUUUAUUAAUUGGUUUUAUCAAAAAUUUACUCAAAUGAAUAUACAAUUUCCUUGGAAUCUUAUCGGUCAACAACUUGAUGAAUAUAACAAUAGAUCAUUUUUGAUUCAAUUCACUUUUCAAUUAAAUAAUUAUCAAUCAUCAUGGAAUAAUGAAUUUCAGCAAGAAAAAUCUCGUAUUUAUUCACAUGCAAUAAAUACUUUACAAUCAUGUAUUAACAACGAUUAUUAUUCAAAAAAGCAAAAAGUCUGUCAUAUUUUAUUUAAAUGUAUUUAUUCAAUAUUUCUUAUUUGUCUCUUAUUAACAAAAGGUUUACUUUUAUGGAUGAUUAUAAUUAUUAUUGAAGGAAUUACUAUUGAAAGAAAAAUUCAUGAUUAUAUUCAAAAAUCUUCAUUAGAAUUAAUUUCAUUUAUAGAACAUACAGCAUUUAUAACAAAAUGUUUUUCUCAUUCAAUUGAAAUAAAUGAUAAUAAAUUUGAAUCUAUAUUAAUAACUAAUGAAACACUUCAUAUCAAUUUUGAUUUAAAACUCGCAUUAAAAGGUGUAUCAUUUUUAACGAAUAUUUUUCAUGGUCUAUCAAUACAUUUAAAAAACUUAGCAAAUGUAUUUCAUUUAUGGUUCAUGUUAAUUAAAUUUGUUAUCGUUUUUCCACAUGUAGCUGGUGCUUGUUCAGCUUGUAAUGAUUUAAAACAAAAACAAGUUUACAAUUCACUAUUGUUUGCUAGUACAUGGUUUAAUUCAACUUUUCUCAUGACAAUGAAUAAUGAAUCUAUCGAUAUUGAUCAAUUAAUUGAAAAAUGUAAAUACAAUCCAUUAUUAUGGUCGAUUAAUGAUUUUAUUCGUUUGGCAUUAUUAGAGAAUAAAAAUACUAACAUAGAUAAAAUGAAUAGAGAAGACAUUGAUCUUAAUCAAUAUCAUCUAAAUAGUAAUGAUGAACAAUAUGAAAAUAGAGUGAAUAAAAAAUCAAUUUAUUCAAGAAAAACAAUUAUUUUAAUACUUAUUGCUGUUAUUGCUGGAUUAGGUUUAGUAGCAACUAUAAUACUUAUUUCGAUUGUAUUUCAACUUCGAACGUCGAACUCUAUGAAUACGACAAUACUCUCCACAACUAAACAUACAACUGACACUACCAACACGAAUUUUAGUAAUAGUACAUCAUUGUCAACCACGUUGCCUAUCACAACGACUUUAGUAACAACAACUACAAAUGUUCUAACGAGAACAAUUCAAGUUAUUUCAACGGAUACAAUAACAACAACAACUAUAGCUAUGAGAAAUUUAUCAGUUGCCGCGAAAUGA